UUUUUUCCGUUAAAUUCAUCUGCGAAAAAUUUUCUCGAACCAAAUUUAUUUCAAAGUUCUGACCGCACUCCUAACGGCUCCUAGUUUGACCCCACGAACCCUAACUGCCCCCUCAAAUCCUUGCUUUGACUUCCCACUUCACUCCGGCCCGUUACUUUCUGUCACAUUUCUAUAUAGCCGUUGGGAGCCUCUGUUUCUGCCUCUCCCUCUCCCUCUCCCUCUCCCUCUCUCUCUCUCUCUCUCUCUCUCUCUCUCUCUCUCUCGGCAACAACGACUACAAUCCGUACAACAAUGGCGAGCUCAGAACUGGCCGUUUCGCAUUCUGAGUCUUCAGCGGUUACCGCCACAGUAGAUCCCAUUACCGCUUCUUCUUCUCUGAAGCGGAAGAGACCCCCCAUGAUUGAGAUCCCAAACGUCUUGCAAGAAAUUAAAACCGAAAAGCUCAGAGAUUUCACGCCAGAGAACGAUGCCGUCUGCUUCAGUGGGAUUGGAGUUGGGGUCUCCGCCGCCAAAGGCAAGAAAAAGUUUAUGGAAGAUACCCACAAGAUAGUUUCUUGCUUACAAGGCAACAACUCCAAGAAGGGUUUCUUUGGGGUGUAUGAUGGGCAUGGUGGCAAGAAGGCUGCAGAUUUUGUUGCUGACAAUUUGCACAAUAAUAUUCUUGAAAUGAUGGAAGUGCAUACAGAAAUAGAAGAGGCGGUUAAAGCUGGGUAUCUGAAAACAGACCAGGAGUUCUUGAAACAGGGUUUAGGAAGUGGUACCUGCUGUGUCACAGCCUUAAUUGAAGGGCAAGAGGUCGUUAUUUCAAACUUGGGGGAUUGCAGGGCUGUUCUUUGUAGAGGUGGAGUGGCGGAGGCUCUUACCUUGGAUCAUACGGCAGAACAGGAGGAUGAACGCAAAAGAAUAGAGAAUGAGGGAGGAUAUGUAGAGUUCCACCGAGGAGCAUGGAGAGUUCAUGGAGUUCUUUCUGUUUCUAGAAGCAUUGGAGAUGCUCAUCUGAAGGACUGGGUGCUGGCUGAGCCUGAAACAAAGAUCCUACAGCUCACUCCAGAUAUGGAAUUUCUUGUAUUGGCUUCGGAUGGACUGUGGGGAGAGGUUGGCAACCAAGAAGCCAUUGAUACGGUGACCCGAUUAUGUUCAGUUCAGAAAAAAUUGGGACCCUCAGGAGAUCUACUGAAGGAUAAUGAGGAGGACUAUGGCUGUGUUAGUGUGAGCCCUUCAUCAAAGUUACGAAGAAUUUCGCUAGUUAAGAAACUUAAAGGCACACAAUCUCCAGGCUAUAAGAAGACAGUCAAUAGCUGGAAAGAGAGUGAGAAUGACUUCCCGAGUGAAAAUGAGAGCCCUCCAUCGAAGUCAAGAAGAAUCUCUUUAGCAAAGCGAGCAAACAUGAAGAAUGAAUCUCCCAUAAAAGAGACUCAAUCUCCAGGCUAUAAGAAGACUGACAAUAGCUGCAAAGAUAGUGAGAAUGACUUCGCGAGUGAAAAUGAAAGCCCCGCAUCGAAGUCAAGAAAAAUAUCCUUAGUAAAGCGAGUAAACAUGAAGAACGAAUCUCCCGUAAAAGAUACUCAAUCUCCAGGCUAUAAGAAGACAGUUAAUAGCUGGAAAGAUAGUGAGAAUGACUUUCCAAGUGAAAAUGAAAGCCCUCCAUCAAAGUCAAGAAGAAUAUCAUUGGUAAAGCGAGUAAAUAUGAAGAUUCAACCAGCCUCCGGCGGACUGGUGGCUGCUUGUAAGGAGCUUGUGAACCUUGCAUUGAGUAGGGGUAGUUUGGACGACAUCACAGUGAUGAUAAUUGAUCUAAAUCAUUUCAGAUGCAUUCCUGCUUGCUUUUCAUCCGGUACUCAAAGGCCGGUUGAUGAUCCAAAUCCAACGAGCGUGAUCAGGGCAGGACAGAGUGUGUUCAUGUCAGUGUACAGCACAAAGAUAGCUGGUCAGUGCCGUCUGAUCACCAUCACUUGGUGCAAGAACUUGUUGCUACAUGGCCUCUCUGUUUCUGUUCAAGGCCAAGAUGGAGACGAAGAUUAUCGUUGUAAGGUUGAGCUGAAGCCGUGGUACUUUUGGAGGAAGCAAGGCUCCAAGCAAUUUCUGGUGGAUGGCAGCACAGUUGAUGUGGUCUGGGACCUAAAAGCUGCAAAAUUCAACGGAGAAACCGAGCCGCGAUCGGACUAUUAUGUUGCUAUUGUGUGUGAAGAGGAGGUGGUGUUGCUUGUUGGUGAUCAAAAGAAAGAUGCAUACAGAAGAACAGGUUGCAGGCCAUCACUCAUAGAACCCAUCUUGGUUUCAAGGAAGGAACAUUUGUUUGGCAAGAAGAGAUACUCAACAAGAAUCAAGUUCCAUGAAAAGGAAAGCUUUCAUGAGAUUUUGAUUGAGUGCAACAACAUCUCUGCCACUGGGGCUGAUCCAGAACUGGAGAUAAAGAUAGAUGGGAGCAUAGCUCUCCAUGUCAAGCACCUCCAUUGGAAAUUCAGAGGUAAUGAGUGUGUUGAUAUAAACAAAACUAAAGUUGAAGUUUAUUGGGAUGUUCAUGAUUGGCUCUUCAGCUCUGGGCCAAGGCAUGGAAUGUUCAUUUUCAAGCCAAUAUCAUCUUCAUCACCAGAAACUGCGCAGUCAACCCAAGAACAAGCGUUGACUGAAAAGUCAAGUUGUGCAGCAGAAGAAGAGGAUGACAAGGCAGGUGGGUCAUCUGUAUUUUCCUUAUUCGUUUAUGCUUGGAAGGUGGAAUGA